ACCGCUCCAAAGCGCAAACCUUUUUUUUCCCUUGCCGAUGUGAUUCCUCGCCGCCUCCGUCCUCCCCAUCCCCAUCGCCGAUCCCGUCGACUCGCCUCGCCCCGCCCGGAAAUGUCUCGCUACCACCACCACCACGAGCCGCCCCCGCCGGCCUGCUGCUCCUGCGCUUGCGUCUGCGCCUGCUCCGCGCCGGCGCCGUGCGGCGGCGGCGGCGGUGGCUACUACCCAGUGCCGGCCCCCGCCUCCGACCAGCUCCUCCACGCCAUCGCCGCCCACCUGCUCCUCAACUCCGCGCCCCCGCCUCCUCCGCAGCCCCAGCCCCAGGCCCAACCCCAGCAGCCGCCGCCUCCCGCCGCGCACCACGCGAAUCUCCACUCCUCCUACGCGUACCAGCACCACCAGCAGCAGCAGGGACCCAACACACACGCAUAUCCCCAGCCGCCGCCGCAGCAUCAGCAGCAGCAGCACCAGGGACCCCAAUCCCAGGCCUACCCCCAACCGCCGCCGCCGCAGCAGCAGCCAUACCAGCCCGACCACGGCCAGCUCCUGCUCCACUCGCUCCUGCGCCGCGUGGCGGCGCUCGAGACCACCCUCCCACACUCCCACUUCCCCGCCCCUCCCCAGAUUCCCCAACCCCACCCGAACCCCCACCGCCGGCACCACCGCGCGCCCGCGGACCAGGAGGAGGAAUCUGACGACCCGCCCUCGCCCCCGCCGCGGCGCGCGCGCGAGCGCGGGGGCCGCCGCCCGCCGCCGUCCGAGAGGGAGCUGGCGGCGCGCACGAUCCAGGAGCACUUCCGCCGCUUCCUGGCGCGCCGCUCCCGCACGCUGCGCCAGCUCAAGGACCUCGCCAUCCUCCGCUCCAAGGCAGCCUCGCUCCGGGGCUCCCUCUCCGGCUCCGGCAGAGGCCGGUGCAAGGACCCGGUCGCAGUCUCCGAGGCCGCCAUGGGCCUCCUCCUCCACCUAGACGGGAUCCAGGGAGGGGACCCGAUGAUCCGGGAGGGGAAGCGCGCGGUGAGCCGCGAGCUCAGCCGGAUACUGGAGUUCGUCGACAAGGUGCUGGUCAAAGACCACGAGGAGAUGGCACUGGACAAUGCCGAGUAUCCUGAAGGUUGCCAUGGUGCACCCGUGCUGAACCACAACAAGAAGGUAAGUUUUCGUUGUAACGAUGCUCAGAACGAGCAAGCCGAUGACAGCUCCGAGAGCUCGAGUUCCGCCGAGGCUGAUGAGAGGAAGGGCACGAAUAUCAAGAAUGUUGCCAAUGGCAAGCCCGGGCUUGCGGCGCCAGCGCCCGUGCACAUGGAGUCGAGGAGGGCUGCCGGGGAAAUGAGAUAACCUGUCUUGCAUCUUGUAAUGCGGCCUCCUAUUUAGAAUCCUGUGGAUUGUCUUGCUCUUGCAUUACCACGGUUUUUAUGCACUGAUGUUUCUCGAGACAAUAUUGCAACCGUUCUAGUUGGUAGAGUUUGUGUUGCGAGUAUGAUCUUUAGACUGUUGUAUGCCCCAGUUACCCCUUUGUUACAUUUGUUACUGCAUUGUACUACUGAUAGUUUUGAACACUGGGAUUCCAGCUUGGAUCAUUUUGUUGCACUAAACAUGCCAUGGUUCUCGUGGGGACUUGGGCAAGCAUGUGUGUAGUUAUGCUCAUUUUGAUCAAUGAAAUGUAAUGCCGCUAAACAAA